GAAUUCGAGUCAGACCGAGUUCGGCUCGGUCCUAUGGUUGUCUUUGCCCGAACCGGCGCCUGAACUUCUACAUUCGCGCGCCGUCUUCUACAUUACCCCCUAAUUUUUUUUCGCUGUCUUCGGUUUGCCUUUGUUCGCCGUUCAAUCUCACUCUCGCCUUGUUGUCGUUUGAUCUCCUUAUCUCUUUGCUUGUGCUCGUCUUCCCGCCUUCCGAUCUCCCUCUCUGACGACUUUAAGGUAAUAACGUCAUCAGUACAAAGGAGUCCCUAGAUUCAAAACCCUCUGAAGUGUGUUUCCAGUAAGUUAGAGCUCAGGAAAAUGGGUCUGUGGACGCUACUAGAGGGUUGUCUGCUUCUUGCCAACGCGCUAGCAAUUCUAAAUGAAGAUCGCUUUCUUGCUCGUCGAGGAUUGAGCUUCUCUGAAUUCUCAGGAGGCAGAACAAAAUCAUUCAAGGGACAGCUUAUUGGCCUUGUCUAUGCAACACAAUAUUUAAGAGUUCCUCUCAUAAUGCUCAAUGCACUGUGUAUCUUUGUAAAGUUGGUAUCUGGAUGAUGAGAUGCCAACUUCAACUCUGUGAAAGUUUACAUCUAUCAUAUUAUUCUUGAUUUCUCUGUUGUAAUGUAACAUUGAGCUACUUUAACUUCUGAAUUUGUUGCAAUAUAUGUUGCACCAUUAGCGAACAUUUCUGGGACUUGUCAAGGUAGGAGGGAAAUGACUAUUUUUCCCUCUCUUGUUGAAGUAAAAGAUAUGGCUAGUUUGGUUUCA